CAAUAUUCUAAAAAUUCAGUACUCUCUCAGUCAAAAUUCAGUGCUCUCUCAGUCAAAAUUAAGUCAGUGUCAAAUUGAAUGUUUUGAUAAUACAUGUGAUUUCGAAUUCAUAAUAGAUUCCCAAUUCCAGAAUCAUGUCUGGAAAGAAAUGUAAGCAUUGUGGUUCUUCGGAAAUUGAAGUGGACCCGGCUAGGGGUGAUGCAGUGUGCACAAACUGUGGUACAGUGCUAGAGGACAAUAUUAUCGUUGCUGAAAUCGAGUUUCAGGAGGCUGCACACGGUGGUUCCUCUGCUAUAGGACAGUUCGUUUCAGCUGAAUCAAAGGGUGGAGCUAGUGGCUUUGGUCGAGCAUUUAAUGCUGGCAUUGGGCAAGAAUCAAGAGAGAUAACCCUGCGAAAAGCCAGAGAUGGUAUAACUGCUUUAUGUCAGCAACUGCGUCUUAACCAACAGUGCAUUGAUAUUGCUUGCAAUUUUUUCAAGAUGGCACUAACUAGGCAUCUGACUAUUGGCAGGCCUGCAAGUCACACACAAGCUGCAUGUGUUUAUAUAACAUGUAGAACUGAAGGCACAUCUCAUCUCUUGAUAGAUAUAAGUGAUGCACUCCAAAUCUGCUGUUAUCAACUAGGCCGUGCAUACUUCAAGCUGUCCCGAGCACUUUGUAUUAAUAUACCUCCUACGGACCCUUGCCUGUACAUCCUACGGUUCUCGUCGCAGCUGCAGCUGGAGGACAAGCAGCAUGAGGUCAGCAUGACGGCGCUGCGGCUUGUGCAGCGGAUGAAGCGGGACUCCAUCCACUCGGGGCGGCGCCCCUCCGGCAUAUGCGGCGCUGCGUUGCUAAUAGCCGCUCGUCUGCACAACUUCAGCCGGACACCGGGCGAUGUGGUUCGCAUAGUGAAGGUGCACGAGUCGACGUUACGCAAGCGGUUACUGGAGUUCGGGGAGACGCCGUCCAGCGCUCUGACCCUGGACGAGUUCAUGACCGUAGACCUGGAGGAGGAACAGGACCCGCCCGCCUUCCGCGCCGCCAGGAAACGGGAUAAGGAGAGGCUGCAGAAGCUAUUAGAAGAAGAGGAUGGUGAGAAGGAACUGACGGACUUGCAGAAAGAGAUAGACGCGCAGUUAGAGAAGGACAACUGCAGACGCAAGAAGAUGGUGGCCAACUCCGUUGUCAACAAAGUGAUAGCGAGAGAUUCAAAUACGGAUGAAGCAGAAGACGAAGAUGCAGCGGCAUCACGGUUCGCGGCACAAGACACGCUGGCGUUACUGGGGGAGAUCGCUUCCACCGAAUUACCUGAGGCCAAACAAAACCUGCAGAAAGGACUCGGCCCAGAAUUAGCCGUGAUAGGUCUAGCCCCUCGGGAAGAAACUGGUGGCGGUGGGGGUGCUUCCACCCCCUGGGGACGGGAUCUGGCCGCACACGAACUGCAGUUAUGUGAUGCUGAUGAGGAACAGAUCUCCGGCCUCAUCAUGAGCGAUAACGAGGCGAGGCACAAGACGAUGCUGUGGAACAAGAUCAAUGCCGCCUUCCUGAGGGAACAGAAGGUGAAAGAGGAGAUGCGUGAAAAGGAGCGUCUAGAAGGCAAAAAGAAGAAAGUGCGCGGUAGUUAUCGCAAAAAGGCGGCUUUGGGCGCGGCCACAGCCGGCGAGGCCAUCGGCAAGAUGCUGCAGGAGAAGAAGAUCUCCUCCAAGAUCAAUUACGACAUCCUGCGCAGCCUCGACCAGCCUUCCACUAUCAACGGAGACUGUACCCCCAAACAGGAGGAGAAAAAGACAAAAGCCCCGACACCGGCGACGGUGAUAGAAUCCCCGACGCCUCGGAAGCGGAAGAAGAAGGAGCCCGCCCCCGUCACCUUCCCCUCCGCCUCCCCCUCCCCCUGCCCCCGCCCCGUGUCCUCCCCUGUCCCCUCCCCCGUUCCCUCCACGGCGCGCAGGCAACAACGACCCGCGCCCUCUACCCCAGCGCCCUCUACCCCAGCGCCCUCUACUCGAGCGCCCUCUACCCCAGCGCCCUCUACCCCGGCACCGGCUACACCGGCGCUCGCAGAAGCGGAUGAAGAUUACGAAGAAGACCUGGAGCCUCAGCCCGAGCCCCAGGAGAACCUGUCCCUCGCUGCCAUGUUGAGGAACGACCAGGAAGACGACUAUUACGACUACGACGAGUAUUAGUCGACUCGGACAUACCUCGUAUGCAAACAUUGUAUUAUAACCCGGACAUACCUUGUCUUGAACGAUGGAAGUGAAAGUUGAAUAGACUAUAGUUAACUCGGUUAUACCAUAUCUUGGAGUAUACACUAUAUAUGACGACUAUAUACGAAGAGUAUUAGUCGACUCGGUCAUACCUCCAAUGGAAACAUUGUAUUAUAACCCGGUUAUAUCUUAUCUUGGAGUAUACACUAUUUAUAACGACUAUUUACGACGAGUAUUAGUCAGGUCGGUCAUACCUUGAAGGUAAACUUUGUAUUAUAACUGUAUAUUGUUAAACUAAGAAAAAGAUAUUCCAUUUGUAAGAUCACGUUUUAGGUUAAAUCACAAUAAAUCAAACGAUGGAUGGAUGGAUUGACUAUGACGUCAAAAAAAUCUAAUUUUCCAUGAAUAUUAUAUUAACUUUUUUUUUUUAAUUACCAUUACCAGUCUGAAAGUAACUUUCAGGCGAUAUGAGUCGAAAUCGAGUCAUCUAUACUAAUAUUAUAAAAAGGAAAGAUUUGUUUGUUUGUAUUGAAUAGGCUCCGAAACUUCUGGACCGAUUUGAAAAAUUCUUUCGCAUUUAGUAUCCUACAUUAUCUCUAAUGAACAAAGGCUAUAGAGUAUUUCCAAAAAAGUUAGAGUUCCAUAUGAAAACUUCGAUAAUGUAACCCAACAUGUGAAAAAAUACCAAAAAAUGACCUUUUAUUGCGUACGCUGUGGAAGUCAUUGAUAAUAGAGCAAAGUGAUGUACUGAAGUUUUAAAGAAGACAUCAAUAUCGACAAAAAAGUCCGCGAUACCAUAUGUCUAACUAUUACAGUUAUGUCACAACUAGAGGUCCCCUGCGGUUUUACUCGCGUUAAUUUGAAGAAAAAAGAUGGACAUACACUGCCGCGGACAUUUUUAUAGAACUUUUAAAAGGGCAACAAUUCUGUGAUACAUGAGUUUUGUCUUAUUUUAACCGUUUACCCAGCGCACGCAACGGAAGCUCACAAAUGGAAUAUUUUUUAUCAUUUUUCAUUGAUGCUCCACUCCUACUGGUUGUAGUAUGAUUUUAUACAACCCAACCAACGCCAAAAGAUUUUUUCAAAUCUGACCAGUAUUUCCUGAGAUAAGCGCGUUCAACCAAAAACAGUGCAUAAAUACAAGACUGAGAACAAUAAUUAUAAUAAAACUAGUUUUUACGGGUUAAUGCACGAAAACUUUAUUUAUUUAUUGACGUUUCGUAGCCUUUACAGGCUACGUCGUCAGAAGAACCUAACCUAAGAAACAAAU